AAACUGUUUAGAGAGUCUGUAGAAGAAGAAGAUUGAUGAGUCUUUCUUUCUUUCAUAAAGUUGGAAGUUUCACAAUUAUAGAGAGAGAAAUGGAUCAUCAUAAUCAUCAUCAAUGGCGUUUGAGAUUAUCUUUCAAGAACGCCACAAUUGCUCUCUCUCUCGUCAACCUUGUCAUCUUCCUCUUCCUCCUUCAGGGCUUUUUCACUUCCUCCUCUCGCCGACUCCUUUCAGCUCAGCUUCGGUACGUGAAGGAAGCCGAAGAGAUUAGACUCUCGAUGCAACCUUUACUGCUUAUCAAAAGAGUCCGAGAAAUCGAACAGGAGGCAUCUGGUGGACAAGAAACAGAGCAGGAGAAAGAUGUGAAGCAGAACACAGCCGUUGACCUCUCUAAACGUCUCAAAGACUUCCGCUCCCUUAACGAUGCGUCCAGCUUGAAAGCAUUGGAAGAAUGGCGAAAGCGGAAAAUGGAACGAGCAAGACAACGUGAUCUUGAGAAAACCGGAGGUCUUUCUUCAUCCAAAACAUCAUAAGACUAUCAUGGCUGCUAGCCUGCUACUGUUACUGCUAAUAUAUAACAUUAUAUUAUACUAUCUCAGAAAACACUCGUCUAGUGUAACACACAUACAAAGUGCUUUAAAAAGAAAAGAUUCUAAAUAUGUAAUGUUUCCUACAUUGUAGUACUUCACAAACUUGUUUACACUUCACACCAAACAACAUUCAGUAAUUGAUUCGAAGA